CGAGUGCGGAAAUGGACCUGUCAGGACUGAGCGCGGCCAAGGCGCAGCUGAGCGAGACGACGACGGUGGACAAGUCCAAGCCGGUACUGACUGAGACAUGGACGCCCGAGUACCUCCGCUCGUACCAGCAUGCCGUACUCGAUGUCAACCUGGAGGCCUGGCUCCCGGCCGUGGUCGACUCGACCUUUGCCACCUGGCUCGCCCCGCUCACCCUUGACGACGCCGCCGCCCUUGUGGCCAACUACGAGGCCGAUCAUCCGGAAGAGGCUGCCGCCGGAUCGGGCUCUCUGCCAGACGAUGCUGCGGCGGCGGUGGCGGCAGUGGCGCGUGUCGGCGAUGGCGACUGGCAGGAGGCGCUGCGGGCUCGCCUCGAGGCCGCCAUCGCCGAGGGUAUGGCUGCCCUGGGCGCAUCGUUUGUCUUUGUCAAGACCUCAUCGCGCUCGCCCAAGGACGCCGCGGCGGCUGACGGGGCCAUGGCAGCAGCGUACACCGAGGCGUUGCAAGCCGAGCCGGACGCCGAGACUUUCAACGGAAAGCUCAACGCCUUGCUCCGUGCCGGCCUUGCCGUUCUCCGCGUCGACUCGCCGCCCCAGGGCGCGACGCUGCUGCUCACCUCGGAACGUAUUUACCAGGACAUGCUCAUGGCGCUCAAGUACCCGGAUCGCUUCCACGAGAACGUUGUCGUCCGCCAGUGGGUCGAUCUCGACGUCGGCUUUGAGUUUCGUGGCUUUGUUGCUCGCGGCGUGCUCACCGCGCUCUCGCAGUACAACCACCUCUCGUACUUUGCCGAGCUCGCUGCCGCCGGGCCGGACAUAGCCGAUGUCAUCCGCACGGCAUUUGACAGUCCCGCCAUGGCCGGUGCGCUCUCGGCUGCCGGCUUUGACGACUACGUCAUCGACUUUGGCCUCGUCGCCAACCCGGCCCGGGACGAUGGCUACGACGUGUGGAUCAUCGAGAUCAACCCGUUUCUCGAGACAACCGACCCUGCCCUCAUGCACUGGUCCCGUGAUGCCGCUCUCCUUGCUGGCGAGCUCCCGUUUGAGUAUCGCUACAACACGUCGGCGCCGGCAGGCGCCAAGGCCAAUGUCUCUGCCGAGUGGUGCGCCAUCAUGGGCGUGUGAGUCAGCGCGAAGCCUCGCUGACGGUGACGACGACGACACCUUGGCAGGAGAGUACGGGUCGAUGCUCGGGCCUGGCGCGGCGAUGGGCGGUGGCUGGCAAAGCCAGCCACACGUUGGUCACCUCUCCUUCGGGCAUCGCAACGAGCGCCACAUCGAUGCACUCUUCCACACAGAGCGGACUAUGCCAGCGGCGCCUCGCACGGUCCCGCAUCAAACAAG